AUGCCUCCUCGCAGAAACACCGCUACCUCACCUAUCCUACCCACUCACAACCAACCUUUACCUACCAACUACCAACAGGCGUCUUUCGAUCGUUCAAAUCGGCGACAUGGGCGACAUAAGCGCAGGCGUGCUGCACGUUGGUACAAAUGCGGCGAGAAUGUUUGGCGCUCUCGACUGGAUACCGCAAGUCACUUGGGUAUUUUCCUUGCCGCAUUUAUAACACUCAUUUUCUUCCUUCGGCGGGGCGGUUCAGUGACAGAAUAA